UCACCGCCACUGCUUCUUUCUCUGUAGCUCCAUUUUUUUGUUUUUUUUUCCAGUCUCUGUUGCCUUUUCACCUUUCCUUGCUUCCUCUGCAAAUGGAAGGAUCUGGGGUGGUUACUGUGUACGGUAAUGGCGCCAUUGCAGAGACCAAGAAAACUCCUUUCUCUGUCAAGGUGGGUCUUGCUCAGAUGCUCCGUGGCGGCGUUAUCAUGGACGUUGUGAACGCCGAGCAGGCCCGCAUCGCCGAAGAGGCCGGGGCUUGCGCCGUCAUGGCACUGGAGCGUGUUCCUGCCGAUAUCCGGGCUCAAGGCGGCGUUGCUCGCAUGAGCGACCCGCAACUCAUAAAGGAAAUCAAGCAGGCGGUGACGAUUCCUGUGAUGGCGAAGGCCCGUAUAGGACACUUUGUGGAAGCUCAAAUCCUCGAGGCGAUUGGCAUCGAUUACGUGGACGAGAGCGAGGUCCUCACCCUCGCCGACGACGAGAACCACAUCAACAAGCACAACUUCCGCAUUCCUUUUGUCUGUGGGUGUCGUAACCUCGGGGAAGCUCUCCGGCGAAUUCGGGAAGGUGCGGCAAUGAUUCGUACCAAAGGGGAAGCAGGGACCGGGAAUAUCAUUGAGGCGGUGAGGCAUGUGAGGUCGGUGAUGGGUGACACCAGGUCUUUGCGGACCAUGGAUGAUGACGAAGUCUUCACCUUCUCAAAGAAGAUUGGAGCUCCAUAUGAUUUGGUGAUGCAGACGAAACAGUUAGGUCGGCUUCCUGUGGUUCACUUCGCGGCAGGUGGAGUUGCGACUCCAGCUGACGCCGCCUUGAUGAUGCAAUUAGGGUGUGAUGGGGUUUUCGUAGGGUCUGGUGUGUUCAAGAGUGGUGACCCUGCAAAACGAGCCAGGGCUAUUGUGCAGGCUGUGACCCAUUAUAGUGAUCCUGAGAUUUUGGCCGAAGUGAGCUGCGGGUUAGGCGAAGCCAUGGUUGGGCUCAAUUUGACAGACAAAAAGGUUGAGAGGUUCGCGGCUAGGUCAGAAUGAGUGUGUGUUCAUUGGCUUCUUGUUCCUUCGAAGAAAGUUAGCUGUUCAUGCUGAUUUUUGGUGAUUGAUGUAUUUCUAGUCUUGUUAGAUUUUUGACGUUUUUAUGUCUAAUAAGGUCAUGAUUUGCUCCAGAUGAUCAACAAUUUUAGAAUAAAGAUAGCACUAUAAGGGGAAUAUACUGGUGUUGCAUGGAGCAUAUUGAUGGCGAUUUUAGAUUCCUAGCAUCUAGGAUGUUUUCCUCCACUGCCUUCAUAAAUUUUAAACAAUCAUUGUUCCAACAAGCAUCUGUUGUUGAUCUUGUUGACGUGCUAUGAUUUCCUAAGCAGAUUCUUAGCAUUAGUUUUCGUCUUAUCAGUCCAAUCAGGUCCCCGCCGUCUUUCUGCGUGCAAGCUUGUGGACUUGGUGGUGCAAUCAAGAAAUGCCGGGGACAUGUUUGUAAAAAUCACAGGUCCAUAUUGGAUGUACUGAAACUUGGUAGACGUUUUUCUUUCAAAAGUUUCGGUCAUUUGGAUUA